UGUCGUAGAAACAUAUCAAUAUAUAAUGGGUAAUAGUAAAUCGAAAUUUGAGCACGGACAUAUCUAUUUCCAGCUUGAUAAGUCUUAUGCUGUGUCUGGAGAAGAUUUAAGAGGCAAUAUUUUUCUAUAUCUUACUCAGCCAUACCCUGCAGACUCUCUAUAUAUAGAGAUUAAUGGCAAGGAGAAAUGCAAAUGGACCCAGAGCAAUGGUCAGCAUGGAUCUACCAGGAUAAGUAAGAGCAAAGAGAUUAUCUCUGAAGAGUUCAAGAUCUUUUAUUUCCCUAGCAAGGUUGCCCUUCCUGGACAGUACACUUUCCCUUUUAGUGUUCGUGUUCCUGUAGGCCUUCCUUCCACUUUGUUCUUCUCUGGAAAACAGGAUUCAAAAGCUACGAUUAAGUACACAGUCAGAGCUAUCUUAAAGCCAGAGCAGAGCACUUCUAUAGAGGAAAUGUUAUUUGAAAAUGAACUCGCAAUGAGAGAAGUUCCUCCAGUUGUGACUACAGAUUUCAAUUCUAGAGUUAGCGACCAGAUUAAAAGCUGGAUGGGACUCAAAAAUCAUGGAUCUGUAGAUCUUGACGUAAAAUUUGAUAAAGAUUGAUAUGCAACGAACGAAGUCGUAAUAGUCAGAUGUCACAUCGAUAAUCAGUGAAAUAUUCCUGUAAAGGCGAUAAAGAUAAAAUUGAAACAAUCUGUUAAACUUAAAGCCAACUGGGCUUCUAGAUUUAGCAAGAAAUAUACAAUGUGGAAAGGCCUACUGGAUGGUGUUGCAGCAAAUGAGUCAACAGAAGACUAUUCAAAGACCAUCAGCCUUAACCUCGAUCAAAUCGAAGGAACGAAGAAUAAAGGAUAUUUUCACAAAUAAAUUCGGAAAUUUAGAAGAAGAAAAGAUUAUGACCCAACAUCUUCAGCCAACAACGAAUGGAGAGCAUAUAACAAUCUCUUAUAAGCUCCAUAUUGAACUUGAUUAUGGUAUCUCUUCUCGCAAGGCAACUUGUCUUGAAAUACCUUUAUAUAUUCAAGUACCAGAGCCUGGACUCCACCAUGAAGUAGAAGCUCCAGCUGAUUGGAAUCCAACAAUCAUCUCAGAUGCAGAUGAUUUAAGCCUAAUCUCAGGAGCUGAAGAGCCAUUACUCAAUAGCCCUCCUCCCUCACAUGUUUAAAAUCCUUCACUAACCAUUGAUUCUGGUAUAUCUUCAUGGUAUUCUUGCCAUUGAUCUA